AUGCCUUGGACCUGUUCCAUUAUUUCUACCGCGUUUCCAAGAUUACACCUUGCUAUGCCCCUGUUGGAGUGGCUAUUGCGUCAAGGGGAUUUUGAAAAGGCCAAUGAGGUGUUGGGUGAUCUAUUGGGGAGCUCUCAUGUGCAUGGUGAUGGAUAUGACGUUGUUGCUAUUUUUAGCUACACAUACCUGAAGUAUUGGUUCGAGCAAGGUAAGGAGGACAAGGCUAUGCAUUGUUACAGUCGUUUGCAGUUGCGCAAACUUACGAAAGCCACUGUUGUCAACGCACUUUUGGCCCUUCUUCUCAAGUAUGGCAAGAAAACUGAAGCUUGGUCCUUAUUCGACCAGGUUUUGCAUAGCAAGGAGAUGGACAAUGUGAAUCAUUAUACGCUAAAUAUCGUGGUGAACGAGUUUUUCAAAAUUGGUCGGUUUGACCUCGCAAUCCAAAUUUUCCACAAGGUGAAAGCAUUAAAGCUGAAGUUUCCACAUGUUGUUACGUGCUACAGAAACAUUAUCACAAGGCUUAACAAGCAGGGUAUAUUGUUUGAGGCAGAGCACUUGUUUCAAGAAAUGUGUUCAGACGAAUUGGUGAGUCCUGAUGUUUCUACAUACACAUCGAUGAUCGAUGCAUAUCUAAAAGCUGGGAGAAACGAGGAUGCUCUUCGACUCUCAAACAAGAUGGUUGAUGCAUUUCUAGGGCAGCUUGCUCGCCUCGCUUGCCUCUAA